AUGCUUGUAGGAGAUUUCAUGACCCCUCAGAUAAUUCAAAGCCAGUCAAGUAUCGUGUAUCUACCGUUUGGACAGUCGAACUUCCAACUGAAGACUAAUGUGAUACAAUUAUUUCAAAAUGGCCAUCAAUUCUAUGGAAGGACUGAAGAGAAUCCACAUAAUCAUCUUUCUCAUUUUCUGGAAAUGUGCCAAAACUUUAGAUAUCAAGGAAUCUCAGACGAUACAAUAAGAUUAAGGUUGUUCCCAUAUACACUGCGCGACAAGGCAAUUGAAUGGCUAGAUUCGCAACCAAUCGCAAGCAUCACUAUAUGGAAUGUUUUAGCCCAGAAAUUCUGUACUAAGUUUUUCCCACCUACUAAGAUUGUGAAGCUCAAGCACAACAUGUCUAUUUUUCGCCAAGGCGAAUCGGAGAAUUUCGAUGAAGCCUGGAAUAGGUUCAAGAAUAUGCUGCGAAAGUCUAUGUGGACAUCGGAACGAGCAGUUCAGAGGAAGACUUUGGGAGUUUAUGAAGUGGACGUUUAUUUCGCCUUGUCAGCAAAGAUUGAUUCAUUAUUUCACUAG